AUGUAUGCUACAGGGCUUGCUCUUGCUGCUGCUCCUAUCACGGAUGCCAAGUUGGUCACAUUGUGCCUGCACGGCCUUGGACCUGAUUAUCACGAGUUCUUUGCUGCUAUCCAUCCUCGCGACUCUGGUCCUCCUAUUGAAGAUCUGGAACGACUGGUCACACUCGAAGCUGAUCUCCGUGUCACAAAGUCUGACUCUCCAGCUACUGCCUUCGCCACUCAAUGUGAUUGUGGCUGUGGCCGCCAUGGUGGCUCUGCUGGCGCGGUUCUGGCGGUCCACCCUUCCUUCUAUGCCCCUAUCGGGCGUAUCCUGGGACUCUCCUUGCGGUGA